UUAACCAGUUAGGAGACAAAGGGCUUCUCCUGCCUGGUGCGUACUAGGGGACCCGAGCGAGCGCGGACGAAGGCUGCGGAGGCUGGGCCAGCGGCUCCGGGAAGAGCGGGGCCGGGCCGAGCGCGCUGCGCCUCCUGCGCUAGCUCGGGAUCCGUCAAGCUGGCAGCGGGCGGCGCUCAGCCUCGUUCGCAGCCUCUUCUCUCCAGCCGGGGAGAGCAAACCUCGGCUCCCGCGUCCUCUGCCGCCAGCGACCAGUCGCUCUGCACUGUCUCCCUCCCCAAGCCCUUCUCCCAGGCCACCCGAGGGUCCAGAAGCCAAGUCCCUGGCUCUCCCACCGUCCGCUGGGUCCCACUGAGGCAGGUGGGUCCUCGCUGGAGGUCUCCAGCUCCAUCCUAAACCGAGCGUUCUGGGCUACCCAGACUCUUAUGGCCAAGGGGACGAGGGAAGUCCUCCGCGCAGCUGCGCGUGGAAUUAGAGAGGACAAACUGCCGGGCACUUUGCCCCGGAAUGAGAAUUGGGGGUGCGUGGGUGGGGAGGCACCUCAGGAGGGAAAGGCGAAAGGGAAGGACCAGAAAGAGGAAGGAAGACUCAGGAAGGAACGGAAGGGAACUCAGAGCUGAGAGGAGGGGGGUUAAGACUAGGGAUGCGGACUGGGCUCGGGGCCGCGUGGCCCACGCGGGCACUGGCCGGUGGAUGGCAGGGCUGGUCCUGAAGUUGAGUUUGAGAGGCGACACGGCGGCGGCGGCCGCGCUGCUCCCGCUCCUCUGCCUCCCCAUGGAUAUGCACUGCAAAGCAGACCCCUUCUCCGCGAUGCACCCAGGGCACGGGGGUGUGAACCAGCUCGGGGGGGUGUUUGUGAACGGCCGGCCCCUGCCCGACGUGGUGAGGCAGCGCAUCGUGGAGCUGGCCCACCAGGGGGUGCGGCCUUGCGACAUAUCCCGGCAGCUGCGGGUCAGCCACGGCUGUGUCAGCAAAAUCCUGGGCAGGUACUAUGAGACCGGCAGCAUCAAGCCCGGAGUGAUUGGAGGUUCCAAGCCCAAAGUGGCGACGCCCAAAGUGGUGGACAAGAUUGCUGAAUACAAGCGCCAGAACCCCACCAUGUUCGCCUGGGAGAUUCGGGACCGGCUCCUGGCUGAGGGCAUCUGCGACAAUGACACCGUGCCCAGCGUCUCUUCCAUCAACAGGAUCAUCAGGACCAAAGUUCAGCAGCCUUUCCACCCAACGCCGGAUGGGGCUGGGACGGGAGUGACUGCCCCCGGCCACACCAUUGUUCCCAGUACGGCCUCCCCUCCUGUUUCCAGCGCCUCCAAUGAUCCAGUGGGAUCCUACUCCAUCAAUGGGAUCCUGGGGAUCCCUCGCUCCAAUGGUGAGAAGAGGAAACGUGAUGAAGAUGUGUCCGAGGGCUCGGUCCCCAAUGGAGACUCCCAGAGUGGCGUGGACAGUUUGCGGAAGCACUUGCGAGCGGACACCUUCACCCAGCAGCAGCUGGAAGCUUUGGAUCGGGUCUUUGAGCGUCCUUCCUACCCCGACGUCUUCCAGGCAUCAGAGCACAUCAAAUCAGAACAGGGGAAUGAGUACUCCCUCCCAGCCCUGACCCCCGGGCUUGAUGAAGUCAAGUCGAGUCUAUCUGCAUCCGCCAACCCCGAGCUGGGCAGCAACGUGUCAGGCACGCAGACAUACCCUGUUGUGACCGGUCGUGACAUGGCGAGCACCACUCUGCCUGGUUACCCCCCUCACGUGCCCCCCACUGGCCAGGGAAGCUACCCCACCUCCACCCUGGCAGGAAUGGUGCCUGGGAGCGAGUUCUCCGGCAACCCGUACAGCCACCCCCAGUACACGGCCUACAACGAGGCUUGGAGAUUCAGCAACCCCGCCUUACUAAGUUCCCCUUAUUAUUAUAGUGCCGCCCCCCCGGGGCCGCCCCUGCCGCUGCUGCCGCUGCCUAUGACCGCCACUAGUUACCGCGGGGACCACAUCAAGCUUCAGGCCGACAGCUUCGGCCUCCACAUCGUCCCCGUCUGACCGCCCACCCCGGAGGGAGGGAGCACCGACGCCACGCGAUGCCUCCCGGCCACCGCCCCAGCCCCACCCCCCUCCCAGGAACCCUGCAGCCCUUCACACCAUCCAGUCGAAGGCCGGACAGGACGGGUGGAGCCGCGGGCGGGACCCUCAGGCCCGGGCCCACCGCCCCCAACCCCGCCCGCCGCCCCUCCCCGCCUGCCUGGACUGCGCGGCGUCGAGAGGAGGGCGCGCCCCAGCUCGCUCCGGCUAGGCCCGAGCCGGCCCCGGAGCGG